UCCUGCGUCUGGUUGUUGAUGUGCGCGUGCCCAAGCGUCCGCAGCUGUAUCCCUUCUACACUUUGAUUCGACUGAAGAAAGGGGAAAAACUCCCGCUGAAGUGACCGAGCGAGUAUAAAGAUGGCAUUUAUUAAAGAGGAGGGUGAAGCUGUGAAGACUGAAAAGACAUUCAGAGUCAAGCAUGAAGAUCCUGAGGAGAUAACAGAUCUGAUGCCUUGGAAAGAGGAGAUUCAAGAAGCAAAUGAUGUCAAGCGAGAGAAAGAUUUGACCGAAAAACAAUUUAUAUCUGGUGAAGAAUCUUUUCGAUGUUCACCGACUCAAAAGUCAUCACAGAAUGGAGAGCCUAAUGCAGUAGAUGCAACAUAUUUCACCUGCCAACAGUGUGGGAAAGGUUUCACUACAAAACAAAAACUCGGAGUUCACAUGAAAGUUCACACUGAAGAGAAAUCUUUCACCUGCCAAGAGUGCGGGAAAAGCUUUAAUCGGACAGGCAAGCUUAAGAACCACAUGAGAGUUCACACUGGAGAAAAACCGUACACAUGCCCUCAGUGUGGAAAAGCUUUUAAACACAAACUAACACUCAAUGACCACAUGAAGGUUCACACUGGAGAGAAACCCUUUGCUUGCCAAGAUUGUGGGAAAAGCUUCAUUAAGAAAGACCACCUUAACAGCCACAUGAGAAUCCACACGGGUGAGAGACCUUAUAUCUGCUCUCAUUGUGGAAAGUGUUUUAAACAUAAACCAUCAAUAAAUGUCCACUUGAGAAUUCACACUGGAAACAAUCCACAUGCAUGCGAUCAGUGUGGAAAGAGCUUCAGACGUAAGGAAGAACUUGAGCGCCACAGGAGGGUUCAUUCAAAGGAGAGCUGCUUUAUGUGCCGUCAGUGUGGGAUGAGUUUCCCAGACGGCAGUCAGCUUAGAGAUCAUGUAAAAACUCACAUCGGACAGAAGCUUUACAUGUGCCUUGAGUGUGGGAGAUCUUGCUCGACGAAAACAAACCUCACGGUUCACAUGAAGGUUCACACUGGAGGGAAGAUUUUCACAUGUGGUCAGUGUGGAGAAAGCUUUGGACGCAAGACAAGCCUUAAACGCCACAUGAGGGUUCACUCAACAGAGAACUGUUUUGUAUGUCACCACUGUGGGAUGAGUUUCCCGGACGGCAGUCAGCUUAAAGAUCAUGUAAGAACUCACAUCGGACAGAAACCUUUCAUGUGUCAUGAGUGCGGAAGGUCUUGCUCAACAAAAACAAACCUCAAGGUUCACAUGAGGAGUCACUCUGGAGAAAAGCCUUCGCCUGCUGACAGUGUGGAAAGAGUUGUAGUGAAAAUGGAAGACUUAGAAGAGGAGUCACACUGGAAGGAAACCUUACAAUUGUCUUCUGUGUGAAGAGUUUCGCAUUAGACUGCACUAAUAUUGGGAAUUUGGGCUCAAAAUAUACUUGAAAAGAAGGGGGUGAUCUGGAACACUGGAUAUGCAGACAGUGCAUCUGAUUUGGGGAUUAUUUAAAUGAGGAUAAAACCGUGACCGAACGUUUAGCAUUGUAGGUUGGUUUUCAGUGCCUACUGUGCUUGGGGGUUUCCCCAAAACAUAUAAUCAUUUCCUUUUCAAUGAUUGAGGGAAACUGAUAGGCACAAGCACCUAGAAUAAAGAAAUUAAAGAAAUGUGAAAAUCUUCAAUAGGUUUAGAUGACACAGAAGUGUUUGAGUACAAACAUGGUUUAUCAUUUGCCCUUCAAAACAUGCCUAAAGUAAUAUGGUAAAGGGAUGUUUCUCUGCCUUUUUAAGCUCUAAUUUGACCAGACACCAUUAGUGCCUAGCUUUCGAAGAAUUUACCUAACAUUAUAGUCAAUUCUGCUGCCUUCAGUGCCCUGCUGUAUGUAUGCAACACAUGCACACAAAUGUUAAAACAGCAAGAGUCUGUGUUGCAUUUCUAAAAGAUACCUCAUGCACUUGGGUCUUUAAGAGAACUGAGAAAUAAAUUCCCAUGGAUGUCUUCAGAUAUAAGGUUAUCAUGCUAUAACCUUCCCCCUCCUCUUUAUUAUGGGAAAGCAAAAAAAAUCCUACAUAGAAAACGUGCAAGGCAGAUUACAUCUUAAAACACCUUGACCAUCUUAGCUUGCAUGCCAGGGAUUCCUGGGUUCUGGGAUACCACAAGGCAACAUCUGCACUUAGAACAAAUAAUAGGAGUGUUCACCUUUUGGUUUCCUUGCUUGCACAACACAUAUUUUCCUGGAUGCUGUGGGAUCACCAGCAAAACUUUCCGGGAGGCACAUUUGGACUGGUGCACUAUUUAGGGUGGCUGCAGGUGAAGUGAUGAGCUCUGUGGGUUUAGAGAUCAUGUCGGAAAUCAGCUGCAACUCUUGAGUUUUUGGGUGAAAGGGGCUUUUCUUUUCUUCUGAAAGUUUGAAAGAAAGACACUCACUGUUUUUGGAACAAGUGGAGGGUGGUUAAAAUAUAAUGAUUUAAAAUUUUGGGUGAGCUAUUCCUAUAAGGCAAAGUACUCUGAAUAAUUAUAAAUCUAAGGCAAUCUUCCAGGCUGUAUCAGCAAUGACUACAGAUGGGUAGUGUUCACAGCGGUAACAGAAAUAGUUGUAUGAAUACUGCCUGAGAGCACUAAAGUGGUGAAACGCUUCUCUCAAGGAGCCGUGUGGCACUGUAGUCCCAGAAUGAGAGUGCGCAAGAUCCUACCAAAAGAAAUGUGAUUCUGCAAAGAAAACAGAAUGUGCCGUUAAACAUAUGAUUUUAUUUUAUGUAAAACAGUUGUACUAACCAGUAUACACAUACUUGCCGAAAGGCCAUUUGUGACAAGAGAAAGUGGGAUGAAAAGAAAGACACUGCUGUUGCAAUUAUGGAAUCCUGAAUUGUAGUCCUGAAACUACAUUUCUGCAGACUGGGCAUGCAUUGGCAUAAACAAACAUGUCAAAAAUCCCAUAUACAGUUGCUUGUGUUGUAACAACAGAAGCAUUGCUAAGGUCCGGAGGACAUUGCCCUGGGCAGUAUGGACAGGUUGUUUCUGUUGGCAUAAAGAUUUCUUGGACUUUCCUGAUUCGGAUAUUUCAAGUGGACGGUCUUCUGGUAUUCUUUGGCAAUUCUACAAGUAAUCAGUCAUUGUGAUCACACUACUCUGUGAACAGCCUAAGUGCUCAUCCAUGCCAACAUUUCCAUUGAUGCACUACUCAAUAUCCUCUGGUGCAUUUUUGGUCAAAUAAGGAUGCUCCUGAAAGAGCCGCCACAUAGACCUGUAUCUGUAGACACAGCUGACUCUGUUCUUUAAACCAAUGCACUUGCAGGGCUGUUUACACAAUUUAUGUCAAAUGUGGAAACUGUCCUUCCAAGCUUACUCCAGGAGUCCUUCUCCCCAGUGUACACAGAUGACAAACCAUAUCUCUGACAGAUUGUGUUUCCCCAGAAAAAGGGAAACACUGUUCACUUCACGUGAACAAGCAUGUUGGUUUUCAUACAUUCCUCUUGCCUGGACUUAGAGAUGAGUCCUUCUUCAACCAACUCCUUUACUGAUUCCUCUUUUAGUGCUGCUGGUGGAAUGUAUGCGCUUGCUUGCUCUGUCCACUUUAAGUGGUGGCAUUCUUUACCUGGGUUUCCACUUUCAGCAGCUAUGGCCAUAAAGUCUCUGCAUUCUUCCACUUCACAAAUCGCACAGCUGUGAGCUUAAUGUCUUUUGUACAUGGAUUGGCAAUCUGAUACCAUGGGAAUGCUUUAUUGAAAUUUCUGGGGGGUCAAUGCACAGCAUUGGUUCUUGGCCGGCAUGCUGCUCCUUUUUAUGUCGUUUCAGGUUUGAGUUUGGGCUUAAUGUCUUUCAUUCAUAUUCUUCUGCUUUUCUGGGGAUGGGUCGUGGAGGCAGCAGUCUCAGGAGAGAACCCCAGAACUUCCCUCUCUCCGAAUACUUCCUCUUGGAGAUUUCUGAGGAGUUCCCAGUCCAGCUGAGAGACAGAGACCCUCCAGGGUGUCCUGGGUCUUUCCUGAGGCCUCCUUCUGGUUGGACAUGCCUGGAACACCUCCCUAAGUUGGCAUCCAGGAGGCAUCAAAUACAGGUGGCUGAGCUACCUCAGCUGGCUUCUCCACAGAGGAACCUUGGUCCAGUGGGCAAACCUUCUUCCAUGCCUUUUUCGAAAGUAAAAAACAAUCUUAUUUGAUUGCCGCCAAGUCCGGCAUGGCAAUACUCACAAACAUUGCUUGCCAAGAUGGACUUUAAGGUAAGACAAUGACAUGGCAUGAGCGAUUACUUACGGCUAUGCAGAUGGAUUGCUUAAGUCAGAGCUCUCCAAACGGUUCUGGAGGGCCGGUGUCCUGCAGGUUUUAGCUCCGAUCUGCUUCAACACACCUGUAAGGAUGUUUCUAGAAUGGCUAGUAAGAGCUUGAUUAGCUAGCCCAGGUGUGUCUGAUUGGGGUUGAAACUAAACUUUGCAGGACACCGGCGCUCCAGGACUGAGUCUGGACAUGCCUGGCUGAAGUUCUCAGUUUAGUCAAUGCAAUUAAUUUUUGUUAGUGGCAAACUUCAAGAAUGAAAUGUCAAACUGAGAUGUGCAGAACAUCACAGUCAACAUUCCCAUCUAUCUAGGGUUACCACUUUUAAGACCAAAAAAAAAACCACGGGGCGUAUACUGCAGUGGGGGCCACAUCCUUCGGGGGCCUAGACGACAGUGAUCACAGGCCCAAUAGCAUGCCAGUGGUGUUAAAUCACAACUUAAAAUGUGUUUUUAGGAAAGUAUAAACGCGUAGUCUUUCAUUGAAAUCUUUGUAAACAGAAGCAGUUAAUCCCUUUUACAACUGGAUAAUUUUCUUUACAUGAGCAUUAUGUUGUUUAUUAAUGUAUUAAAUGCAAUGUUUCAUGUAAUAAAUUAUUGCUUUUGUGUCUGACUUAACCUUAACAUACAAAUCCUAAUAUUAAAUUGGAUUAUGAUCCACUUACAUCGUAUUAACAGAAUUUGUACAAAUUACAAUUUGUGACCCAGUGUGUGAAAACCAGGCCAGAGAUAAAGUUUGAUUUUAGCUAUUCAUUUCCCUGUGAUUUCAGUUGUUGACAUAGUUUAUUCGGUUCAUAUUAAAUACAUGUGUUUUAAUUA